AUGGACUCUGACAAUUCGGACCUGGACAUUGGCAGAGUCCGGGACUAUGAAAUAGAAUUCCCCGAUGAAGAAUCAGAUGCCGUUGGAUCGGAUAACGAGGCACAGGAUGCCUCAGAUGACGACAUUGAUGACCCUGAUGUGGAUGCAAACAUCUUACUUCAAGACACAACUGAUGAUUCCAGCGCCGACGAGAAUGCCCCACAGGAGGAGCUGUGGGAGCUAUACCACAGGCAAGUCACCCGGUGUCAACGCAAGAGUCGAGAGAUGCGCGAGAUGAACCGAAGGCAUCUCGCGGUCAAACAGGACCUAGAUGAGAGGGAUGCAAGGUUCAGACAGGAUAAUAAGCAACUUGCUUCCCUGGUUAGAAACCUUCGACGCGAGAACGAGGAGCUCCGGAACCCUCCACCCCGUCGACAGGCCGAGCCCUGGAUCUCACGUCUACGUAAAUAUGUCCCGGAAAUAGAUCCUGGCGAGGAUCCCGAUCUUGGAGAGUGGGAGAGCAUUUGUGGAGCCUGCAACAAGCAGAACAAUAUGAGCCAGAAGGUGCGCAAUAUCCAUCCAAACUUGGAAUUACAUGGAGAGUGCUCAGACGAAGACUACACGCGAAACAUUUCGAACGAUAUUGAUGGCGCAAAUGGUGCCAAUGGUAACGAUGGUGACGAUGGUGGCAUUGACGACAAUAAUGGUAAUCCCAAUAAUCAAGCUGGCCUUGCUUUCCGUCCGUUCGAUUUCAACAAGCUACCUAUCGAGGUCCAGGGGAAGAUAUUCGAGCGCCACUUCGUGAAACCGGGCCUGAUUCACUGUCUAUCCCGCUUGGACGACAGGCAUCCGCCCAAGCAACGGGCUCACUUUCCGUUCGCCGAAUCUGGCACAAGUGGCCUGCCCCAUCGUUUCGCCUACGGCACUGGAAUAACAAGGACCUCCGUUAUGAAGGCCAAGAAACCCAGCGAGGUGCUAUCUUCACUACUCGUCUGUCGACGAUGGUUCUAUAUUGGCGUCCAUGCUUUCUACGGGAUGAACACAUUUGCGUUCAGCUCUCUCGGCGAGUUUGGUCGUUUUUUCAAGGGAAUUGGGCGGGCUAGGGCUGAACGCAUAGCCCAUGUUGAGCUCUUUUGGCAGGGCAGUAUUAUGCCACAUGACCCAAGGACCCGUGUCAACCAGCGGACUUUGCCAUUGACUUGGCUAACUAGAUCCAAGCGCCUCCAGACUCUGGCAAUACAUACCGACGAGAGUUCAGAGUCCAGAACGCGCCGUAAACACGAGUUUCCUAGAAAAACGAAAAACAACGGGGCAAGGACUAAACAGGCAGAUAUGUCAGACCGUUAUAAAGACUACACACGUGCAAAAAUCGAGAGGCUGAAAACCCAUCAAAAGCUUUUGAAGCGGACAGCUCAGCAGCCCAAUUUUAGAGGCUACAGAUCCAUGCGGACUUGUCACGGCAUGGACUAUGUUUACCAGUUGCGUGGUAUGCAGUGGGUCCGCUUUUACGAAGUCCACAACAACGCCGGUCAGAGAGAGCAUAUUCGCGAUUGGAGUUUCGAGAACGAGAUCAACGUCGUCGUCACCUUGCCCAAGCAGCAGGCAUACGCCUCGGAGUGCGACAUUACAAACCUAUCCCGACUUCCUGGCCUACCUAGUACCUGGCGACCCCAAGACCAAGACCUAGCGUUGGUGGACUCCUUCUAUUCACCGAGAAUGGUGCAUGUCGACGAUGAUAGCGAUACAUCCUCAGCUCGCUCCGGCCCGCCAUCUCCGGCCCCUUCCACUGCUAACAAUGAUAUAUCUGAUUUGGACUUUGACUUCGACGAACCCAGGCCCGAAAUCAUAUUUCCCGACGAGGGGUAUCAAUCUGGCCCAGACAUGAAUAUUGGCCAAGAUGUUGACGCCGAUGUCCCUCAUAAAGUGGAGGAUAGCGAUUCAGACAACGAGCCACAGAAUGACCCUAAUGCGGGCCCUGACGAGGACUCUGAUGGUGAUUCUGACAAUGAUUCUGACGGUGGUCCAGAUGAUAUUCCGGGCGGGAUCAACGCAGACCCUGGAGGUAGGGCCAACCCGGGUCCUAGCCCUGAUCCCGAGCCUGGUCCCGAGCCUGGUUCCGGCUCCGACUCCGGCUCGGAGCAUAGCUCUGACAACAGCGACGCAGUGUUUGACAACGCUGCCUCCACUACGGACGCGGAGAGAGCCAACGAUACCCAGCUGACUGCCCCUGAGAGUGCCGCCGAGGGAGCAGAGAGUGGUGAGGCGAUGGAUCAGGACGGCGAUGAUGACGAUCGGGAGAGCGUCGCAACUAGCGGGCUUUUCGUCCGAUCCGACGGGCCCUCCAGCAUCCGAGGACCACCCAGCGUCGGUCCCAGUGUGACUCCAAGCACCGCACUAAGCACUGGCCGAGCUUCUCUCGCAUUUCGAGGCAUGGCUCCUCCGCCGCGUCCAAAUCCUGUCGUUAUUGACCUGACGGCGGAUGAUAGCGACGAUGAUGAGUCUAGCACGGUGAGCAGCAGCUUCGACUCGGAAAGCCUGUUCGUUCGAUCCCGCCGCGACGGAUCGACCAUUGCCGCCCACGGAUCUUCGAGCGACGAGCGCCGCCGUCAAAUCUUCGUCGAUCUCACCGCGGACGAGGUUAAGAGGGAGGACGACCGGUCCAGCGUGACCUCCAGUGGCACGAAGCGCACCCGGGAUGGCGAUGGUGGAGGCUCGGGUAAGCAGGAGAAUAAGCGCCCUCGCAUCGCCUUGUAA